AUUCCAUCCCUUUUGAUUUCUCUCCGUAUACAUUAUUGCACACCAUUUGUCCCCUCCACUCCACGCGCUGCUCCGAUUCCAUAUUUGAUAUUUCCAUUCUCCAGUAGAACUAGGGUUUUUGAGUUCAAUUCAAAAGCCUCCUCCGGAAAAACCAAAAGUUCUAUUUAAGAGACACAGUAACUGCUUCUUGAUCAGCUCAGCUUCUCAUCAUAUUCAAACAACCAAUUGAAUCUUCCCUUUCUAGCUCUGUUAGUUUAUCCGGCGGUCACCAUGGGAAGAGGAAAGUUUAAGGGCAAGCCCACCGGUCAGCGCCACUUUUCCACUCCUGAGGAGAUGCUUGCUGGCACCUCCUCACGCCCUCGUACAUUUAAAAAGCAAGAAGCUGAAUAUGAAGAGGAACAACCUGAAGAAGAAUCUGGGAAGGAGUCUGAAGAAGAAUCUGAUGAUGAACCUGAACAAAAGCGGAAGGGAACUCAAGGCAUUAUUCAGAUUGAAAAUCCUAAUCUGGCAAAGCCAAAGAAUGUGAAAGCUAGAGACAUUGAUAUUGGGAAAACAACAGAGCUUUCAAGGCGUGAAAGGGAAGAGUUAGAGAAACAAAGAGCUCAUGAGCGAUACAUGAGGCUGCAAGAACAAGGAAAAACAGAACAAGCAAGAAAAGACUUAGAGCGUUUGACUCUCAUUCGUCAGCAAAGGGCAGAAGCUGCUAGAAAGCGAGAAGAAGAAAAGGCUGCAAAAGAGCAGAAGAAGGCUGAAGCACGGAAAUGAUUUUCCUGAAAAAUGUCAUUUCAAACAAGCAGUACCCUCUAUAGUACCCAGUGAAUUUGGUAGUUAGUGCCCUCCAUAAUGCUAGAGAACAUGUUAAUUGGUUUAUAAUUAUUGUCCCUGUGCGGAAUUGUGCCAACUAAAAGUUUCUUUCCUUAUUAAAUUACACAAUUGAUUAUAUUUUUAUGUCUUGAAAGCA